AUGCUUUCCAAUCCGCGCCUGAGCAUUCGGAGGCUAAUCUCGCAACGGCGACCCGAGAGCAGAAAUGGCAGUCAUGGCGACCAGACUUGGAAUGAUGGCCUCGGUGGCUACAGGCAGCUGGAGGACAAACUCACCGACAAAGAGGGGCGCAACUACAAACAGCCGUGGUUGGCAAAGAGACGCUCCAACAGCACCAAAAGACCUCAAAUCAUAAUCUCGAGCCCAGUGCCUCACCAGAGUUACCAGAGUCACCACGACUUUUACGACACAUCGAGGCCUCUGCCACCGCUUCCAGUAUCGGUUCCGUUUCCAGACGACACCCCGCGUUCCUCGGCUAGUUCGCUGUGCAGCUGUGAGGGGCAUCAUUCCGACAACUGGGGCAGGAGGUCGCCGCUUUGUUCGGUAUCGUCAAAGGGCCACCUAAGCGAGGAUUCCCUUCAGCUGUCCAGCGCCACCACCUACGAAGGGGAGGAUUACCCACCACCACCACCACCACCCAAGCCAUAUGCCUUGCCAUCCGAUUACACUUCUUCACCCUCAAAGCACCAUCUCAUGGGAGCUUUGUCUGUGCAGACCGAGGACCAAGCCAUAAGCUCAGCCGAGCAUCACCACGAGGACCUCAGCCUCGGCUUUCCAGAGAACGUCCGGCAACUCAUACACGAAACAAACGAGGCCUUCAGAGCUGUCAGUAGCACUCUAGACGAGGUGAAACUCAUAGAACUUUCCUACCGUGACUCACGCAGGCUCGCGACUCGUGAUAUACCCACCGUUUUCAGACCAACACCCCCACUGAAAGCAUCGACACCAACAUCACCAAACAGCCACAUUCCGCGAACACAACUUGGAGCUAUCACCACGCAGGUCGCCUCACCUUUGCGUGCAACAGCCAACACUGGAGUCACACGAAAAAAGUCCAAGAAGUCGAGAAAACCGAGGGCGAUGAAAGCGCAACGGAAGGCCGCGGCAUCCAAGCCAGCGGCCAAAAGUGGCGGGAGACGGACGCUGACGGAAAAUGUCACGGACCUGCUCAAUGGGAACAUGUUCCACAAGAUCGAGGCCGACGAGCUAAUCACACCCAGCCAGGUUGAAGCAUAUCGGCUCCGCAAGUCGAUCCUACAGGCAAAACAAUCGACUGAAUCUCUGGGUAAUGAGUCCAGCGACACCCCGAUCGAGCCCUUCCAUCUUGAUGAUCUCCCCUUUCGGAUAGGUUCGGCGGGCGUCAGAGUCAGCGCAGAUACAUCCGCUGAUGAUACACCCCGCGCCUCGUUGUUGUCGCGCCCUGUGGUGCGACGAGAUUUCUCCGUGGAGAGGAAAGAUGACAAUCUUGACAACUAUGCGCUACUUGAUAGUUCUUCCGAACCACGUCCGACGAUUCAGAAGACCAACACGUCUCCUAUACCGUCCCUAAAGCCAACGCAACGGGUCCCUCCUCGUAGGCAGAAGUCGGCGCUUCCGAGCAUCCCCGAAACCAGCCGCACUUCCCGCACUUCCAUGGCAGAUGACGAACUGUUCCUCGACGAUGAUAGUGUUGGUGAUAGUAGUUUUCUCGACCAGGAGGACAGCGUCGCCGACUCGAACUACAUAUACCUCCAAUCCCCUCCAUGCACCAUGAACGUACCGGGUUUCCGGCAUGGGCCUAUCCGCUUUCUUAAAUCCGAGUUGGUGCCCGACGUCAAGCUCGGGGGCGAGGAUGGCCUGGACUGGACAGCGUUCCAGAUGGCGAUCCUCGGUGGUGCCGGCGACUGGUUCUCAGACAGCGACGACACUAUCCGCCGUCGCGAGGAGGAGGAGAUUGACGAGCUCGGCGAAUGGUGGGACGGCUGGGGUCUCGAUCUCGGCCGGCUCGUCACGGAGGACGAUGUCGAAGCCCCGAGCCCAACGUCCACUACUUCAGGAGAGGCAUUUUCAGAUCUAUCGUACGGCGAGAUCGAAACCGACAACCCCUACAGCCCGCUCCACUCGUGGCAGGAACAGCAACAGCAACCCAAAGCAAAUCCGCAACAAGCCAGCCAGGCUGGUGGCCUGGGGGGCUCGUCACAUCGGCGCGUGCUGUCGGACCACAAUGCCAUGGCGCACCUAGUGCGCAAAGAGAAGACACCCGACAUCGUCGAGGAGAAGCAAUGCGUCAGCAGCGUCAGCCGGGACAGCUUCGCCAGCCUCCCGCAGAGCCCCAUGUUGGACAUGGCCGUCAUACACAGCGCGGACGGCAACGACGUGGACGUCGUCCCCAUGGGAUACAACCUCGGCCACGAUCUAGGCGACUUCCUUAAGUGGGAAGCGGAGCACGCAUAUGCUGGCGACUUCUAUUCGUAG